GAGAGGAGAUGGAUUUGUUAACAGGCUCCUUGCUGUGUCUGCUCUUCACUUGGCUCCUGAUUCAGGCUUUCAAUUCAUUUAGAUAUGGAUGUAAAUCAAGCCAACACAAGCUCCCACCUGGUCCAUGGCCCAAGCCAAUCAUCGGCAAUCUCUUUGAUCUUGGGGAUAAACCCCACAGAUCAUUGGCUAAGCUUGCCCAGAUUCAUGGCCCGUUAUGAGUCUCAAACUUGGCAGCUUAAUCACUGUCGUCCUUUCAUCGGAAACAACUGCCAAAGAGAUCCUUUCAAAACAAGACCUUAUAUUCUCUAGUCGAACCAUUAUGGAUGCCAUUCGAGCCUGCCAACACUAUGAAUUUGGAAUGCCUAGAUACCUGUGUCCCCACUUUGGAGAACUCUUCGCAAAGUACGUAAUACCCAUAUUUUCGCUAUUAGGAAACUCGAUGCUAGUCAAUACCUGCGUCGGAACAAGAUUCAGGAACUGAUUGUUAAUGUUGGUGAAAGUAGCCUUAAAGGUGAAGCCGUCAACAUAGGCCAAGCUGCCUUUGAUGCUACCAUUAAUUUGUUGUCCAAGACUAUUUUCUCAAUGGAUUUGGUUGACCCAAAUUCAUCUAUUGCUCGAGAAUUCAAGGAAACAGUUUGUGAUAUCAUGAUGGAGGCAAGGAGGCCUAAUUUGGCUGAUUAUUUCCCUUUGCUCCAAAAGUUUGAUCCACAAGGUGUACAGCGUCGGAUGACUGUUCAUUCCGACAAGUUGCUUAACCUUUUCGGCAGUAUGAUCGAUGAAAGAUUGAAAUCAAGAAAAUCUCGGGAUUUAACUACAUCAAAUGAUGUCUUGGAUAUUUUUCUCGAUAUUAUUGAAGGCGAGGAGCUUAAUAAAACUCAUAUCCAACAUUUGCUUUUGGAUUUUUUUGUCGCUGGAACCGAUACAACAUCAAGCACAUUAGAGUGGGCAAUGCCAGAACUACUUCGAAAUCCGCAAGCUUUACUUAAAGCCAAGAAAGAAUUAGAUGAAGCAAUCGGCAAAGGAAAUCCAGUCGAGGAAUCUGACAUUAACCGUUUACCAUAUUUGCAAGCAAUUAUCAAAGAAACUUUCCGAAUGCAUCCGGCUGUCCCAUUGUUACUCCCUCGCCGAGCCGACUCUGAUGCUAACCUUUGCGGUUUCAAAAUUCCUAAGGGUUCUCAAGUGUUGAUUAACGUAUGGGCCAUCGGAAGAGAUCCAAGCAUUUGGGAUAACCCAAAUAGUUUCAUCCCGGAUAGAUUCUUGGGGUCUGAAAUUGAUGUCAAAGGUAGGGAUUUUGGACUAAUUCCAUUCGGAGCUGGACGACGGAUAUGUCCAGGAUUGCCUUUGGCGAACCGGAUGUUGCAUUUGAUGUUAGGAUCUCUUAUAAACUGUUUUGAUUGGAAACUUGAAGGUGAAAAUUCCCCGAAUGAGAUGAACAUGGAAGAGAAGUAUGGGAUUGCAGUUCACAUGGCAACAACUUUGCGUGCAAUCCCUCUUCUUGUUUAAGAAUACUGUUUAAAAAUCAAAGUGAAAAGGUUCUUCGUUUAUAAUGUUUUUGCUGAUCUUUAGACAAUAUUGUUAAUUAUUAGACAAAUAGUUGAAAACUUGUCUAUUUCUAAAAACCAAAGAUCAAAUAGUUAGAAUUGCUUUGUUUGUUUAACUUUCAUUACUUUUUCAGCGUUUUCUCGUCAAUAUAGAUUAUGUUGUGAAUUUUGGGCUUUUUUUCUUCUGAUUGCAUGUUACUACUAUUUGUUGGCUAUGAUAUUGUAAACAACAUUGAUUAUAGUAAUCUCCUUUGCUGUAAAGAA